CUUCCUUUUGACCAAACCCGUUCUCUCCUCACCUUCUCUCUUCCCUCUGAAAUCCUUUCUCUCUCUUUCCUUCUCAUCAUCAUUCACCAAUACACCUCCUUAAUUUCUUGUUCUUCUUCCAUAACCUAUCAUCCUUCUUAUAAAAGCAUCACCGAUAUCAAGCCAUAUAGGUCUAUUUUCUUGGAUAUCGGUGCUUUAUUCUACCCAUAUAUCCUUUAUUUUGACUCUGAGAAAGAGAGAGAGAGAGAGAGAGAGAGAGAGAGAGAGAGAGAGAGAGAGAGAGCGGGGGUUCCAUGGAGAAACCAAGAAGAGCGAAGGCCACCAAAAUCUUCAGUUUCCUUCCAAAGCCAACCUCCUUCUCUGUCUCUCACCCUCCGCUCAGCCCCGGUCGCGAGAACGCUUCCAAGCCAAAGGCUUUCCACAACAAAGCUUUCUCGGGCCCGAUCAUAUCGAUCGUACCGGUGGAGGCUCGACGUAAGGAGAAGAAUGGAGGCAGCUUUGAUGCGCAGGAGCCAACCUCUCCGAAAGUUUCGUGCAUCGGCCAAAUCAAGCGCAAGAAAGUUUGCCGGUCGAAGCGGUCGUCGCCGCCCCAACAAGAGCGGAAGCCGCGAACUUUUAUCAUCCGCAGGAUGUUUCGACGCAUGGUCAGGCCAAGCCGGAGAACCGAUGCGGCGGAGAGCAGCGAGGGGAGGCCUGCAGUGCUUGGCACAGCGCCACCAUUAGGCCAGAUGAAGCGGUUCACCAGCGGGCGUGGGACGUUACAUGACUUCGAUUGGAGGAAGGUUGAGAGGAGGCAGGAGGCUGCGACUGGGGAUCGAGAUGAGUCGGACUCUGAUGAAGACAUUUACCACUCUGCACCAAUCGUGGUGGGUGAUGGAGUGGUGGCUUUGGAGCCAAGGAAGGAGGUCAACCUUUGGAAGAGAAGGACCUUGGCUCCACCCGUUCCUCUUCAAUUGAACUGAAGAGUGGAAUCCUUCUUUUUUCCUCCUCCUCCUCCUCCUCCUCCUCCUUUUCUCCACUCUCAUAUUUAGUUGCUGUUGGUCUUCGGACCUUUCAUAAGGUGGGAUCGAAACGUAAACUGCAUGUAAGAAAUUUCAAGGAUUUUGUAACGGGCAUGUUGGCUUUUGGAAACCCUUCUUUUUGAAACGUAAGCAUGCAUGCAAGGGAUUUUGUUGA